UACAGGUCUGCAAGCCAUUAAAAUCAGAGGGAAAACUCCUUAGGCAUCAAUGGGAGAAGGACAGGGCUGACUUUCUAGAAAUCCUGAAAUCCUUCAGAUGGAAUAUGAAGUAUAAAUAGAAGGGAAUAUUAAGCUCUGCAUAGUGAUUAUAAGUAUAAAUUAAUUACAUAGAGUUAGGAGAGCCCUGCCCUUAAGAGGAGUGUCUGAAUGGAGAGAGGGGUGGAGUUCCCACAGCAAUCACAUUCAUAGGUAAGGGAGGAAUCACAUUAGAGACAGGAGAAACCAGAACAUGUGAUGAAUCAGAUAAGGGGCUCAAAUAUUAGUGUCUCCCAAUUGCAUUCACUCAGCUUAUAAGACAAAGGAUGAUUUUUCUAAGGUCUAGCACUGCAAACAGAGCCUGGACUCUGAAAAGCCGACACUGUUCUUGCUGCUGCUUACAUCUUUGGCAGAGAUAAAGAUUCUGCAGUCAGACCCUCUCUGUUUGCUCUGUGGUUGAUGCAUGAGCCUGCUUAGAAUCUAGCUGACCCUCCGAUAGCUGCAGCUGCUAUACAGGGAUAACAAGGCAAGCAUCUGUGUCUCAUUAAAAUCAGCAGAAGUAACUCAGCUGAGUAGAGCAACUCACCCCUGUGCAGAGCCAGUGCAAAAGGUCCACACACCCUUCUGAAGCACAGCACUUGUAAGGGGUAGAUCUGCUGAGUAUGAAGAUGCUGCUUUUGUGUCUACAUUGUUUGUACGUAAACUCCAUGGAUUUAUUUUUUAAGGCAAGAAGGAAUAAUCUAAACAGCCCAGGCUGUUAAACUGAAGUCAGUUUCCCCUGUGCUGAGCCUAAUAACUUGUGUUUGGUUCUAGCAUAUCUCCUAGAAAGGCAUCCAGGCUUGACUUGAAGACGGCAAGAAAUGAGUAACCUUUUCAGUAGCGCUCACCCAGGCGCUUGCUCAGAGAGGCCCAGCUGUGAGAUGACUGCCAUGGAGAGAUCUGGGCACAUGGAGGUUUCCCAAAGGCUGAAGAAAAAUGGAGUCUGAAAAACACACAAGCUCUUUCCUCUAGUCGUUCGGUCAUGAUGGAGGAGGAGGAUGGAUUGAGUGAGAGAGGUCUCAGCAACUCCAGGAAAAGAUAUGAUGAUGAAGAAGACUACCAUUCUAUUUACAUCGGGGUGCCAAUGCCACGGGGCUACAGGAGAAAAAGGCGCAGGCGGAGAUCCACCUCCAGCCGGGAUAAAACCAGCGAGAACGAAAGGCUCUAUGAGCGCCAGGACCGAUCCGAUACCGAUGAAGGAGGGCAGGCAAGCUACGACAAUGGGAACGACAACGCCAUCAGGACGAUGUCUCCAGCUGCUGAACGCCUUCGUUACAUCCUGGGUGAAGACGAUGAACCUCCAAACCCCACCCUGUUCACUGAGAUGGACACACUGCAGCACGACGGGGAAGAAUUGGAGUGGAAAGAAUCUGCCAGGUGGAUAAAGUUCGAAGAAAAGGUGGAAGAAGGAGGGGAGAGAUGGAGCAAACCUCAUGUGUCAACGUUAUCUUUGCACAGCCUGUUUGAACUACGCACAUGUCUACAGACAGGGACAGUGCUACUAGACUUAGACGGCUACUCCUUACCACAGAUCAUUGAUGAUGUUAUUGAAAAGCAGAUAGAGGAUGGUCUGCUCAAGCCGGACCUGAGAGAGAAAAUCAGUUAUGUGCUCCUGAGGAAACACCGCCACCAGACCAAGAAGCCAAUCCACCGAUCCUUGGCAGACAUUGGCAAAUCAGUCUCAUCCACCACAAAUCGCAGUCCUGUCCGGAGCCCAGCAGCAGGGGCCAGCUUCCACCGCUCCACUGAAGAUCUUAGAAUGAGACAGAACGCAAAUUAUGGACGUUUACGCCAUGCGCAAAGCAGAAGCAUGAAUGACAUAACAGAUACUCCAAGCACAGAUCAGCUAAAAAAUAAAUUCAUAAAGAAGAUCCCCAAAGAUGCGGAAGCCUCCAAUGUCCUGGUGGGAGAAGUGGACUUCCUGGAUAAGCCAUUUGUGGCAUUUGUGAGGCUCAUACAGUCCACCAUGCUGGGCGGGGUGACGGAAGUUCCCGUCCCCACUAGGUUCCUUUUUAUUCUCCUGGGUCCUUCAGGAAAGGCAAAAUCCUACAAUGAAAUCGGCCGAGCUAUCGCUACCCUCAUGGUCGAUGAUCUUUUCAGUGAUGUGGCCUACAAGGCCAGGGACCGAGAUGACCUGAUUGCAGGAAUAGAUGAGUUUCUGGAUGAAGUCAUUGUCCUCCCACCAGGGGAGUGGGAUCCAAACAUUAGAAUAGAGCCACCCAAAAAAGUACCUUCUGCUGAGAAGAGGAAAUCCGUGUUCUCGCUGAACGAAGCAGGGCAGAUGAACGGCACUGCAGGAGGAGCUGCAGGAGGGGGCGGCAGUGGUGGAGGGGGCGGCAGUGGCAGUGAUGACGGAGAAAUGCCAGCUGUGCAUGAAGUUGGAGAAGAGCUUGUCUGGACGGGCAGGUUUUGCGGCGGCCUGUAUUUGGAUAUCAAGAGGAAACUGCCCUGGUUCCCCAGUGAUUUCUAUGAAGGCUUUCAUAUCCAGUCUAUCUCCGCCAUCCUCUUCAUUUACCUGGGCUGCAUCACAAAUGCCAUAACAUUUGGGGGGCUGCUUGGUGAUGCUACAGACAACUACCAGGGGGUCAUGGAGAGCUUCCUCGGCACGGCGAUGGCCGGCUCCCUGUUCUGCUUCUUUGCCGGGCAGCCACUCAUUAUCCUGAGCAGCACAGGGCCCAUCCUCAUCUUCGAAAAGCUACUCUUCGACUUCAGCAAAGGUAACGGCAUAGACUACAUGGAGUUCCGCCUGUGGAUCGGCUUACAUUCUGCCCUGCAGUGCCUUAUCCUGGUGGCUACAGACGCCAGCUUCAUUAUAAAGUACAUCACACGCUUCACUGAGGAGGGGUUCUCCACCCUCAUCAGCUUUAUAUUCAUCUAUGAUGCUAUCAAGAAGAUGAUCGGAGCCUUUAAGUAUUACCCUAUCAAUGCAGACUUCAAACCAGACUACGUGACCAUGUACAAAUGCGAGUGCAUUGCUCCUGACCCAGUGAAUACAACAUUGUUCAAUGCUUCAGCUCCGCUGGCACCAAACAACACUAACAUUUCUGUGUACAACGCUAUUAACGUAACAGCUCUGGACUGGACCCAGCUGAGUAAGAAGGAAUGUCUAAAGUAUGGUGGAAACCUAGUAGGGAAAUCCUGUAAAUUUGUUCCUGACUUAGCCCUCAUCUCCUUCAUCCUCUUCUUUGGGACUUAUUCCAUGACUGUAACGCUGAAGAAAUUCAAGUUCAGUCGCUACUUUCCUACAAAGGUCAGGGCCUUCAUUGCUGAUUUUUCCAUUGUCUUCUCCAUUCUGCUGUUCUGUGGAAUAGAUGCCUGGUUUGGUCUGGACACUCCAAAGCUGCAUGUUCCCAGUAUAAUUAAGCUACGUAAACUUAUUAGUGACUUCUCUAUCUUCAUGUCCAUACUAAUGUUUGUUGGUCUCGAUGUAUUGUUUGGACUGAAUACUCCUAAACUGCAAGUGCCUACUGAUUUUAAGCCCACUCGCUUAGAUCGAGGAUGGUUUGUAUUCCCGUUCGGUAAGAAUCCAUGGUGGAUCUACUUGGCCAGCGCCCUUCCAGCUCUGCUGGUUACUAUCUUGAUCUUCAUGGACCAGCAAAUCACAGCCGUCAUAGUCAAUAGAAAGGAGCACAAACUGAGGAAAGCGGCAGGCUAUCACCUGGACUUGUUCUGGGUGGGGGUCCUGAUGGCCGUGUGCUCGUUCAUGGGGCUGCCUUGGUACGUGGCGGCCACGGUCAUUUCCAUAGCCCACAUCGACAGCUUAAAGAUGGAGACGGAGACCAGCGCGCCAGGGGAGCAGCCACAGUUCCUGGGAGUGAGGGAGCAGAGAGUCACUGGAAUUAUUGUCUUUGUCCUGACUGGGAUAUCUGUCUUCCUGGCUCCAAUUCUGAAGUAUAUUCCGAUGCCGGUGUUGUAUGGUGUCUUUCUCUACAUGGGAGUUGCCUCUCUGAAUGGCAUUCAGUUCUGGGACCGCUGCAAGCUCUUCCUGAUGCCAGCCAAGCACCAGCCUGACUAUGCCUUCCUUCGCCAUGUGCCGUUGCGCCGGAUCCACCUCUUCACCCUGGUGCAGAUCAUCUGCCUAGCUAUUCUCUGGAUCCUGAAAUCUACUGUGGCAGCUAUCAUCUUCCCUGUGAUGAUUUUAGCUUUAAUCUUAGUGAGGAAAAUGCUGGAUUUCGUCUUUUCUCAACACGACCUGGCCUGGAUUGAUAACAUCAUCCCCGAGAGGGAGAAAAAGAAGGAAGACGACAAGAAGAAGAAGAAGAAGAAGAAAGGCAACAAAGGGGAAGAGGAGAGUGAGGAUGAGGAAAGAGGUCCUCCAGCUGGAGCUUUGCGUUCUGAUUCCUCUCCUAACGGUUCAGACUUGGAUCGCAGUAUUACGCUUCACCUAAAGAUUUCCUGCCCAUCAUCUCCUGCGUUUAACUACUCCCGAAACCCUCUCUGCGCCGUGCCCCAGGUGAAGAUAGAGAUGGAGUCGGACUAUGAAGACAGUGACACAGAAAAGCACCCUCGGGACAUGGGCAGCGAGACCACACUGUAGUCCCACACUGCCCUUCCUUUGUGAUGAUAUAUAAAUAAGAAAAUUGGGCAUAUUUUUCUACGUGACAGACUGAGGAGAUCAUUGGUCCCCGGGACUCAUUUCUCCAUUAGCUUUUAGCAUAAUAAAGUAGAACUGCUGUGGAAUUCCACCCCGUGCAGUUGGGCCAAGAAACCACCGCCAGUUGCAGAGCAAUGCAAGAAAUGGUACUUUAGGACUCUGGUCCCUGCAGUAAUAGGGGACCUUAGACCCCGGGCGGUUGCUGCUAUUUCAGUGAAGACUCUGAAGAUAGCAGGGCCUCCUUCCUUCAGCAUCUGGACCCUGACAUCACCAGCUGUGGAGAGUCCUGCCCUUUCCAGUGCAAGCUUCAUUCUCGUGUAGUCUGUGCCCCUAUUAGCAUUAGUUGGCCCAGGGGAAAUUCACAGAUAAGAUGAGCACCACCUAUCCAAUGCUUGAGCAGUAAUCUAUAAUAUUCUGUGCGGGGGGCGGGGGGAUUUCAGGCCUGUAAACUGCAGUUCAUUGCAUGUUUUAUACACCCUAUGCAGCAAACAAUGCACAAAGUAUACAAAAUAGGGCUAAGAAAAAUUCCCUUUUUGGGAAGUUAUGGAAUGCUUAAAAGUGGAAAACUUCCCUGGCUGCUGCUGCUUAAAAAUACAGCCCUUUAAAACUGCUUCUGUCCUGCAGGAAGGGAGGGAGUGUUUUCUAUAGGAACUCUGUUACCCAGUGGCAUUCACUCUCUGGGGCCAAGAGCACUUUUAAAGGGUUAGGCUUGCAA